ACUGCAAGCACAUUACAGGACGAACCCAGAAGGUCAAGAGCUCAAGGACGAUACCAUGGAGAGCGGCGGUAAGCAAUGGCAAGCGCAGCUGGCGGGGCUCGCGCUCGCGUUCCUCCUCUUUGCGCCUGCGUUGGUGCAGUGCGCGGGCGCCGAGGCCGACGGCGAGAAGGACGGGCUGCCGUCGCCGGGGAAGACUGUGCCGCCGGUUCCGCCUGGGUGGACCGGCGACUCGGGGUCCGCCCAGGGGUCCAUCCCUGACGGUUCCACCUGGAAGUACGAGUGGGGAUGGGCUGCCGGGCCUGUUGGAAAGGGCUCCGGUUUCGGAUACGGUUACGGUGGCAGCGGUGAUGCAGGCGGCGGGGGCCAAGGUGGUGGCAGUGGCGUAGGAAGCGGAAGAACGUUUGGUCCACGCGAUCGCGGAUACGGUGGAUAUCCCGGUGGCUAUGGUGGCAACGGUGCUGGUGGUUAUAAUGGGGAAGGAGCGUUUGGCGGCGAAGAUGGUGGCGCUGGCUGGAACAAGCGCGGUGGAUUCCGCGGUGGAGGGUGGCGUUAAAAACUGAAGCCGCCUGUGUCGUUACUCUCUUAGCCAUGCAGAGAUGCGAUCAGUAUACGUCAUGGCAGAAAUCAUAAUGCUAAUAAAGCUAAAGCAGUCUAUAUACUUCUAUAAUUAAACGAUGGUGUACUUGUACGGUUGUACCCUACGAAUGUUGUAUAUCAUUGUUGCAUGUUCUCUCA